AUGGACGAUGAUCAUCACUGGUCUGCGCAAGCAUGGCAUGUUGAUAUGUAUUUGGAGCUCUCCUAUCCAAAUGUUGUAAUUUUUCUCAGCAUCUUAUCCUCGUGUCGACAUGGAGGUGCCAAGUUCUCUUUAGUUCAAUGGUUUGCGGGUUUUCCUAGUUCAAUGAAGAACAAUGAUUUGUUUGCUAAUUUGGCUACAAGAUUUCAGCUUGUAGAGGAGGAAAUAUUGCAGAGACAAGUUCACCUUGUCAUUUAUAACUCGAAGGAGCUACAAAGACUAAUCCAUUUAACGAUGGAAAAUCUUAUUCCAUCUUUACGUAAAAUCUGCAAACUAUCAGAUAUGUCUUUAAAAUUGAUCACAACAUCUUGGAAGAAUAAAGAAUUGCUCAGUUAUAGCUUUACUAUAACAGAGGUAUCAUUUGGUUAUUAA